UCGGGAAGCGAAAGUUGGAUCGCCGCUCCGCUGGGAGCAACUUUGUCAGCCCCGCGGCGGCUGCGGGUUCUUCGCGCCCGGGCCGCCGGAGUCCUGCCCUCUCCUCCCUGGCCGAGCCGUCGCCCUCGCGGGCUUCCCUGUUCUUGGAAGCCGCCUUCCUCCCAUGUCUGGGGUCCACGGCCACAGACCCUAAGGCGUCGGCAGCUGCAGCACCCGGUCUGGCAGCGCCAGCGUCCCCGGGCGCCCCAGCCCCACUCGGGGGCUGGUUCCCGCGCUCUGCCUGGGACAAGCCCUUGGUGGGCUCGGCAUCUCUUCGUCUGGCUGGACGCCCGGGUCUCCUGGCCCCUAAACCCCUAAGGCUCCACCUUGCCCUCUGUAGGGCCGCCCGGGGCUCCUGCGGAGGCUGCGCGCAGCGCGGCGAACUGUGUGGCCUGCCCUGGGCCGGCGCUGGGAUUGCCAGGAGCUGCACGGGGCUCACCGCAGACCCCUCGUGGCCCGAGUCUUCUGGUCAAGGGCAACAAUAGUAGACACUGAUCAUCUUUUAAGGAGCGAGGGAUUUUCAAGAUGAAUUAUACCAAGUCCAGCCCAUUGACAGAAUCGACUGCAAUAGGUUUUACACCUGAGUUAGAAAGGAUCAUACCCGUGCCUUCCAAUGAGACCACAUGCGAAAACUGGAGAGAGAUACAUCACCUCGUUUUUCAUGUAGCAAAUAUUUUUUUCACGAUUGGGUUGGUUAUUCCAACCACCCUUCACCUUCAUAUGAUACUCCUUAGGGGAAUGUUAUCUAUAGGAUGUACCCUUUAUAUUGUCUGGGCCACUCUCUACCGAUGUGCCUUGGAUAUCAUGAUCUGGAACUCCGUAUUCCUGGGUGUCAACAUUUUGCAUCUGUCAUAUCUUUUGUACAAGAAAAGACCGGUAAAGAUUGAGAAGGAACUCAGUGGCAUCUACCGCCGACUGUUUGAACCACUCCGUGUGCCUCCAGAUCUGUUCAGAAGAUUAACCGGCCAGUUUUGUAUGAUCCAAACCUUAAAAAAGGGCCAGACGUAUGCUGCAGAGGAUAAAACCUCAGUUGAUGACCGUCUGAGUAUCCUUCUGAAGGGGAAAAUGAAGGUUUCCUAUCGAGGACAUUUUCUGCAUAACAUUUACCCCUGUGCCUUUAUAGAUUCUCCUGAAUUUAGAUCAACUCAGAUGCACAAAGGUGAAAAAUUCCAGGUCACCAUCAUUGCAGAUGAUAACUGCAGAUUUUUAUGCUGGUCAAGAGAAAGAUUAACUUAUUUUCUGGAAUCAGAACCAUUUCUAUAUGAAAUAUUUAGGUAUCUUAUAGGAAAAGACAUUACAAAUAAGCUCUAUUCAUUGAACGAUCCCACCUUAAAUGAUAAAAAGGCCAAAAAGCUGGAACACCAGCUCAGCCUGUGCACGCAGAUCUCCAUGCUGGAAAUGAGGAACAGCAUCGCCAGCUCCAGUGACAGCGAUGAUGGCUUACACCAGUUUCUUCGGGGCACUACCAGCAUGUCCUCUCUCCAUGUGCCGUCCCCACACCAGCGGGGCUCUACCAAGAUGAAGCCCAUCGAAGAAGGGGUCGAAGAUGACGACGAGGUCUUUGAGCCCGUGUCUCCAAAUGCACUGAAAGUCCAUCAGUUGCCCUGACCAGAGAGAGAGGACAAGGGACCUGGAUGGAAUCUGUCUUGAAAAAUACCAGCCCUUCCUCAUGGCUUCUUGAUUAGUCUGCUGUAGCUCUGGUAGUGUGAGGGCAGGAAAGUGAGGAAGGGUCAAAGAUGGGAAGGUUGUUUUAGCUCUCCUUUUUACUGAUCAGCUUUUUAAGCAAUUAUUUUACUGAGCCUUCUGACUAAACCUAGUUCUAUUUUGAGAUCUAUAUUUUCACAGUGUUUUCUAGAUAUAUUAUUGUUUUAACUUAGAUCUAUCAAUGCAAAUGCCUUUUCACUUUUUUUUUUUUUUCCUGAGUUGUGGUUCAUUUUCCUCACAGUUUUUUUUUUUUUUUUUUUUUCUCCACUGUGGCAAUGGGGUUGUCCACUUGAUAGGUUUAAGAAACAGUGUAAGUUUGAAAUUGAGGUUGAGGUAUCAUUAAAAGGCAGGGAGUCUCGAGCGUUGUUCAACUGAAUUUUUAGCUGGAAGAUUGUAAAGAAAGAUGUGAUUCGGCUGGUGUUUAUUUUUCCUCCCCGGCCAGACGCAUGACCCCAACUAGAUCACCUUACUUAUUUGGGCAUUGUGUGGAGAGCAGGAUAAUGAGGAAAACUCAUCAGCCUCGGCUCAUGAUACCCUUCCAGUGUGCUGGGUGCAAUCAGGUCUGAAACCAAAGCUGGAAAGAAAACAAAUGGAAGCAGUUCUGAGCUCAGCUUGAUCUUUAGCAAAAACCCAGCUCACCUGUGAUUUGGAGCCACCUUGUCCCACACACCCUGGUCUGGGGAACACCUGACUUGUGGUAGGGUGUCCAGGGGCUAAGCAAGGGUCAUAGAAUGAGGCGAUUGAAAGAGCAUUUUCAUUCUGUGGUCUGAAGUUUCAGACAGUUCCUCCAGAGUCACAGAUGUUUCCUUAAAAUGUGCCAAAUAGCCAGGGCUGGUGAUGCAAAUGUCCACAGAGCUUUGGGGACAGACCAAAGCCGUGUCAUGGGCACCCAACCUAGAUGUUGCUGUGAGGGCCUUGACUGCAAAUCUCCCUUUUCUCCUGGAAUCGUGUUCCAGGAAACAGUGAUGGGAAGUGGGAAGUUGGCUGAAAUCAGCGGUCAGACGGGUCAGCGUGACGGAGGCACUCAGCUGGGAGAACCCCUUUGAUUGACUACACUACGUCAUACGCCAUGACGAUUUUAUUUCAUCCACUAGAACCCAGUUGAGUUGGUCCUCUGUUGUAUUAAAUGGCUAAAACAAAGUUCCCAAUGAAAUUACUUUUAGGUAAGUUGAGCCCAAAGCAGCCUGUCUUGCCAAGAGGUGAUUUCUCUCAGAGAAGGUAGAUAAGCUACUCGAGGGUCACCUCCCUUUCCUAAAUCCACUUUUUUAAGGCUAAUUAUUUUAGUAAUUUCACUGGAGUUAAAUUUUCGCACUCGGUCCCUCACUAAGAAAAUUUCCACCAAUGGGGGGUCCAGUUCCUAACAUCUCUAUCAAAUGUUGCCUAAUUAACGCCACAUUGGAAAGGCUGAUUUCACUUCACCUUAACACGGCCUCUUUAGUUUCCUGAAUUAUCAAUGUAUUGGGGGGAAAUGAAGCACAGGUGAAGGAUUUAGCCUUGGCUUUAAGAUUGUAGAGAUUCAUUCGGUCAGAGGUCCCUUGCCGUGCCUGAGACCCCACGUGUGGUAACUGUAGCUAAUGGCGCUGGUACUGCUUUCCUCUAACUGUCGGGGUAAGGUCAUAUGGACCACUUAGUUUCCACAUGCAUAAGACUAAUUUGCAAAAUCACUCUAUAGAGUAAUUAGACAUGACACCCUUCCCUGAAGAGAAAGUAAUUUUAGAUUCUGCUGAGGCCACGUUUGUAAUGUUCUGUGGAUCCACAGAAGCUUGGGGUUUCUUACCUGACCCAUGUUCAGGGGUGUCCCAUUUUGUCGAGCUGAGACCGUGGGAAGGAUCCUCUCUAAUGACCAAGCUGUGCGUGUUGGGAGGCUAUUUUCUGCAGCACCAGGAACAAACAUUUUUAAAGGCAAGCUGCUAAAACCAGACGAUCGGAAUUCACUGUUUAUUAAAAACCCAUGUGUGCGCAUGCGUGCACAUCAGCUCCAUUCAUAACAGAGAUAAUAAUCUCGAGCUGAGGAAUCUUAAAAGAACCACUUAGCCUGAAUGGGAAACAUGAACCUAUUUUUAAAUACACACUUCUGAGGAAGACAAUGAGGCUUGGAGAAAAGGAGGUGCCGGCCACUGGCUAGCCCUCCCACAUAGACUCGAUAGCAAAGAAGCAGAUAAGAAGACAGAAAAGAGUUUUAAGUUGUAAGAUCUCAUGUGGAUGGCUUUGAAUUCAUUUAUACCAGUGAACAAGUGUAUCUUUGUGAAAGGCAUAAACACAUAGACCAAAAAAAAAAAAAAGCGUUUGCUGCCAAAGCCACUGAUAAAAUGCUUCUUGUGUUUUUUGGUGUUCACUUAGCUGUGUGACCGAGGCUUGGAAAAUGAUCUCCAAAAAUUAUUCUAUAUAUAACCCCACAUCUACUAGGUUUAAAUGCAAUACCGAGUAUGUUGUAUGAUUCAGAAGUGUAACAUUUACACAUGGAUGUAUGUGUCAUUUGUAAUAUUUUUAAAGCCCUCAUAUUUAUAUUUAUGAGAUAAUAGCACAGAUACUAGAUAGAAACCCAAUGAUGUUUAUAUAUCUUAAAUUAGUAAUAAUGGGUGCUAUAUGAUUGUCAGUUACUGCCCGUUGCUUUCUGGGGUCUUUUCUACUGCUCCCCAUGGUUCAGUUGCCCUGUCACCAUUGGACAUCUUUGUGUUUCGCUGCCAAUAGUGUGUGCCCCGGGAGACACCGCCUUCUUCAUAUCUGGUUCUUUUUCCAUGUGUCUGAAACAUUUCUGGUUUUAUAACCUGGCACUGCCAAUUCCCGGUUCCCGGGUCCUAUCCUGGCCCCAAAGGCAGAGUUCCUUGGAUGCUGGGAAAAAAAUCUUUGGGAAAAGUUGAUGUAACCUACACAUGCUGCCCUGUCCUUGGUGCACCGGGGGAAUGACUCCAGCCUUCCAGGAAAAUCGUCCUGCCAGUAUGUGGAUGGCGCCCAGCGAGAGUUGGGGUGUGCAGGGCAGCCCGAGUACUGCUCGGUGCCCACCUCCCUGCGUACUCCAGAGACCAGAUCCAAGGGAUCACAGUUCUUUAUUUCCUCUAUCCAUUUCUUUGGACAUUUCUAAAGCCUCUUUGCAGAAACUUCAGACCUCGCCAUGCCUCCAUUUCGCCUCCCUUUUUUCCAACGCUGGUUUCCCAACCUCCUUUUCUACUUCUUUCCAGCAGCAGUGGUUAGAAAUUCCCACCCGUUCGAUCCCAGCUCCCGAGGACCUGAAAGAACAGGGUAGUGUGCCGGGAAGUCAAGGCUGCCGUGUAAUCACGCGUCAGUUUUGCUCCAAGGAUGACACAUUUCCUCACCGACGGCCUUUCUUUGAUCCUCACAGGAGCCCUGGAUACCUCGAGUGUAACCAUAUAUUGUGUCAUUUCAGAAACCGGCUUUUAAGCACUAUUUAUAGGUUAAUCUGUUAUACUUACAACCUAGUUUUAAAGUAGGUUUAUGAAUGCUUUAUACAGACACGUUUAUAGGAAAGUCAGUCUUUCUGUUUUUAGGUGCCAUCGACAUUGAUACCAUUUACUUCAGAUCAAUUGACAUUUUGUCUGAAUAGGGCCUUAGAGUUGAAAAUAUCUCCAUAUACUGUCAUUUGAUCAAAUAAAUUUCUUACUUAGAAAAUA